AUGGGUAAACCCGACAUCCAAAAGACCGAAAAGACGAAUAGUUUGGAGCAUGAUUAUAAAGCAUCUCAAAAGACCAAGUAUGCUAUUGAUAUUUUAACUCGUGCAAAGAUGUUGGAUGCCAAACCGGCUCCAACACCUUUAAGCACAAAUGUUUCUUUUGUCUCUGCAGGUACACCUUUUUCAGAUCCAACUCACUAUCGUUCUAUUGUUGGUGCUCUUCAGUAUUUGACCAUUACAAGACCAGAUCUUUCCUAUGCGGUGAAUCAAGUCAGUCAGUUCUUGCAAGCUCCUACCAUUGACCACUUUCAGGAAGUCAAGCGUAUUCUACGCUAUCUUAAAGGAACGGUUUCUUAUGGUCUUCAUUAUAAUCGGGUUCAGUCUCCAUCGAUCAUUGGAUACUCUGACGCUGACUGGGCGCGGUGCCUUGAAACAAGACGAUCCACCUUCGGCUACUCCAUUUUUCUGGGUGGAAAUCUCAUCUCAUGGUGUGCUAAGAAACAAGCAACAGUUGCUCGUUCAAGCUGCGAGUCGGAGUACCGGGCUAUGGCUCAUGCGGCAGCCGAAAUUAUUUGGCUUACUCAUCUAUUACAAGAACUUCGGGCAUUACCACCUUCAAGACCUACCUUGUUAUGUGACAACCAAAUUGCCCUGUUCAUGACUCAAAAUCCGAUAUCUCACAAACGCUCAAAGCAUAUUGAUCUUGACUAUCAUUUUCUUCGGGAACUUGUUCUCUCUGGUCAGUUAGCCACUAAAUACAUUCCAACCAAGCUUCAGGUGGCUGAUAUAUUCACCAAAAGUUUACCUAAAUCAUCGUUUUAUCAACUUCGUGAUCAACUCAAUAUUCGUCCACCACCGUUCAGCUUGCCGGGGGAUAUUAAAUAA